CUUUUACUAGGUUGUCUGUGCUUUGUAGCUCUGGACGCCGAGCAGCUCACGGCAAGAACAGUACGUCGUGUCGCGCAUGCCCUUUCACCCUUUCACCUCCUCACCCCAUCCCAUCUUCAUCCCAUGAUCCCGCUGCAGCGCGCAGUGGCAGCUGCGAUGGGCUCUGGCUACUAAGGAAAGCGUCCAUUGGCGACGCUUUGACCCGACCCAACCACCAAGAUGAGGGGCCGUGACUCCGAGGAAGACCGCGGCCUGCUGCACGAGGACGAGACAGAGGUGAAGCCGCCUCCACGAUACGCAAGCCGGAGCGACUCGGCCGCCGUCGCCCUCACAGCCUGCAUCGCGAGCUCCUCGAGAUGGACCAUCAUCGGAGUCCUGGUGCUGACAUCGGUGCUCGCGUUACCUUUACUCGCCUUUCUUGGUCGUGGCGCAUCACCGGCGGUGGCCUCGCACGCCCCAGACGGUGACCAGCUCGCCAUCCGCCUUCACCCAGACAAGCACGUGGCGCGAUCACCAACAACACUGACGUUCAAUUGGAACAUCACGCGAGACCUGCGCGCGCCCGACGGGGUGGAGAAGUUGGUCUAUCUUGUGAACGGCGCUUUCCCCGGCCCAACCAUCGAAGCCCGACCAGGCGACAGACUCGUCGUCAAUGUGUUCAACGGCCUUGAGUCUGAGGGCCUGUCGAUCCACUGGCAUGGCCUCCGCAUGAAGGGUUUCAACCGCAUGGACGGGGCGAUUGGCCUGACGCAAUGCCCCAUCCCGCCCGGAAGCGACUUUGUCUAUGACUUUACCAUUGGGGACGACGAGCAUGGCACUUUUUGGUGGCAUAGCCACAACCAAGUUCAACGCGGUGACGGCCUCUAUGGAGGACUCGUCGUGCACGAUCCCGCGGCGGCCGCUUCGCAGCACGGGGACGACGUCCUAGUCUUGAUCGGCGACUGGUAUCAUCGCGCUCAAGCAGAAGUGCUGGCCUGGUUCGCCGACUUCUCAAGUCUCGGCAACGAACCCGUGCCGGACUCGCUCCUCGUCAACGGCAAUGGGCGGUACGACUGCUCCAUGGCCGUUCCCGCUCGGCCACUCAACUGCACCCAGAGGCGGCAGACCGAUGUCGCCCCGCUACUUGCGCGGCGGUCCGACGGCCCAGCGCGGCUACGCCUGAUCAACACGGGCUCACUCGCGGGCUUCUCUAUCAAGAUGGACAGCGCGACACUGGAGCCCGUUGCCGUGGAUGGCGCUGGCACCGUCAAUCAAGAUGCGGGCCAAUCAGUUGGCAUCCUCUACCCCGGCGAGAGAGCCGAUGUCCUGCUCAGGUGGACCGACGACGAUAGCGGACUACCCCGCUUGAACAUUUACCUUGACGAGGAGAAUUUUGGUGGCUUUCCUAACGAGGCGCUGAAUCCGAAUCAGACGUUCCAUGCUUUGCCUGCAGACAAUGUAACUAUGCAAGAAGAGGUCACCACGCUGCAACUUGGCAACGAUCAUCGCGACCUGGCAACCCUAACCGCGGCGUCAACUCGCACCUCAGCCCUGCCGGCCAAGGCUCAGGAGACCAUUCUCUUGUACGUGAAGACGCAGAAGCUAUCGCACUUCGAGAACAAGCCCCUGGGCUUCGUGAACCACACGACGUGGCAGGCACAGACGCCGGCCCUCCUGUCACUGAAUCGCACUUCCUGGGACGAGCACCAGCUUCUCCCGUUUGUGGCGACGGACACGCAAAAGCCGACCACGGUUGACCUGGUCAUUAACAACCUCGAUGAUGGUGCUCAUCCGAUCCACCUUCAUGGAAAUUCGUUUUACGUCCUAUCUUCGUUCCGGGCCGAUGGACGCGCCGGAUGGGGCAGCUACAACCCGUACGAGUUGGGGGACCCGCCCGCCGGACUGAACCUGAAGAACCCCGUGAUCAAAGACACAAUUAGUGUGCCACGGAGAGGGCAUGUUGUAGUGCGCUUGAUGGCGGACAACCCUGGGCUAUGGAUGUUACAUUGUCACAUGCUGGUUCACAUGGGCACGGGCAUGGUGGCCGGGUUGCAUGUUGGGGAACAGGAUGACCUUGAUCAUGUCCGGGGCUUGGACCCCUCCGCAUCAACGAUGUGUAUGAAGAUAUAG